GGAAACUCAAUGGCUCGCCAGAGACGCGAUCGUCAACGUUCUGUCUGACUGAAGGUGUGCGCGCCGUGUCUCUUGACGGGUUGCCAUGGUGAUGUCCACGUUCCAGAAGGUGACGCUGGCCACGUGCCUCGUGCUGUGCGUGGCGCUGCUGCUUCCCAAGAUGUUGCUUUCCCGCGGCAAGAAGGAUGCCGACCAGCGGCCGGAAGGAGGUCAUUUCCCUCCCUUAGUGCACCGCCAGAGUGCCACUACCAGUGGCCGUGGCCAGAGAGCCGCGGGUUCGAGUCUCUCCAAAGCCCACAGCACGGAGGCCACAGCCAGGGCCAAAGGAGCGGGGCCGGGGUCAGGACCUGCGGGAAAGUCCAACCUGGCGGGACAAAUCAUUCCGGUCUACGGUUUUGGGAUUUUACUCUACAUUCUCUACAUCCUCUUCAAGAUCACGUCAAAGGGCAGCAGUCAGCCGUCAGAGAGCAGGAUGUCGUCGGCGCGCUCGGAGAACAAGAAGAGAAAGAUCACUGACUUUGAGCUGACUCAGCUGCAUGAGAAGUUGCGGGAAACGGAGCUGGUGAUGGAGAACAUUGUUUCCAACGCCCAGCACAGUCCUGAAAGGGGGUCUCAGGGUGUGACAGUGGACCAGGAGCAAAGUCUCCUCCAGCAGCUCACAGAAAUCACUCGAGUGAUGCAAGAAGGUCAGCUGAUGGAGGGCGUGGCCUCCUAUCAGAACAACAACCAGAGAUGGAAAGAGCCUGAAGAAGAGGUGAUGUGGGCUGGUCCUGGCUGCUGUUGUCAACACGCUCCUCAGGACGAGGCUGCAGCUGACCUGGGGGAAGAAGACAGAAGCAGCCAGGUGGACAUUGUUCCAGAAGGUUCCUCAGGUGGACAUGAUGCAGACCCGGACCAUGCAGAUGAGAGUCCAGGAAGUGACUUGAAGGAGGCUCACCUGAAGCAGGAGGAUGAGGAGGAAGCAGGUGGGAUCCACCUGGGCGUCCCAGACGAGGAUCUGCUCGGCGUCCUGAAGGAUCUGGAGCUCACCUUGAAGAAGACGUCGGCCAUGGAGCAGGAGAAGGCGGACCACCUGAGCCGGCCAGGUGAGAUGGACGUGGUCAGACGACGGAACAAAAGGAGAAGAAGCAAGAAGGAAUCUCAGUGACUUGAUACAUCUGACCAACAAUGGCGUCUUCCUUCUUCUCGUAACGUCAUCCUGCAUGAACCUCAUAUCUUGGGACUCCUCCUGACUGCAAAGAAAAUGUGUCACUUCAUGACUUGUGUCACGUCUUUUUUAGACACUUUUAAAAUAUAUCUAUGCGAUAAUCAUUAUGGACUUUAAUUAUAAGCGUGAAACACAAGUUUGUCUAUUUACGGCAACGAAUAUGUCAAAGCUACGAUAAAAAGGGAACGCUUAUUUUGAAUAUAGAACAAUGUGGAUGGA